AUGGAUGACCCAUUUAUCCAACACUUUCUCGAAAUACGCCUAGGUGGGCGCUACCAGAUAUGUCAGCGGCUAGGAUCAGGCUCGUUUGGACAAGUUUACAUCGGGCGCGAUGUUCCCACGGGUGAUGCCGUGGCUAUCAAACUCGAGUACACUUAUACUACGAAUCCGCUCCUCCGUCAAGAGGUCAACAUCUAUGAGGAAUUAAUGGGCCAGCCCGGCAUCCCCCGGAUGUUCUGGAGUGGCAGCGAGGGUGAUUUCCAGGCAAUAGUGUUCGACCUUCUCGGACCUAAUCUCGAGGACCUCUUUCGAUACUGUGGUGACAAAUUCUCACUCAAGACGACGUUGAUGCUAAUGGAUCAACUCCUCCAUCGGAUUGAGAGCCUCCACACAGUGGGAUACCUCCAUCGGGAUAUCAAGCCUGAAAACUUCCUCCUAGGCACCGGCAAGAUGGGCAAUGUGGUCUACAUGACAGAUUUUGGACUCGCGGAGUAUCAAGGUGUGCCAUACGAUGGACCCAAAAGCUCCAAACCGGCAACCGAACCCCGGGUUUCCUUGGUGGGAACCUGCCGCUACGCCAGCAUCAACGGUCACUUGGACGUCGCCCCUUCAAAACGUGAUGACCUCGAGUCGGUGGGGUAUAUGGCCUUGUAUUUUCUCAAUGGGUCCCUCCCCUGGCAAGGCAUCAAGGCAGCCAGUCGGCAGGAAAAACACAGGCUUGUGUACGAGCGGAAGAAGUCGCUCGCGGUGGCCGAACUAUGUCAGGGUCUCCCCACUGAGUUUGCUACCUACAUGAACUACGUUCGUGGAUUAGGUGAUCGGGACAAGCCAAACUAUAAGUACCUCCGGGGCUUAUUCGAUCGCCUCUUCCGCCGUGAAGGCUUUGAGCAUGACAACGUAUUCGAUUGGACCAUUCGGGAAUUUGAAAGGCUUUCAAGUGUGAAUCAACAACAAGAUUGA